UUAUGCGAAAUAAGCGCAAUUUAUUUUCCGAACAAAACAACCCGGAAAUGUGUGCUUUGCCAGCGCAUUCCCCCUCGCUCCUCUUCCUCUCGGUAUUGAAGUGAAGCCCUCGAACAGAAAGGAGACGGGGAUACGAAGUAGCGGUGAUGCGGGGCAUGAUGGGUCUGAGAUUGCUUGUCUCACUCGCAUGGAUUCUUGCCUUCAAAGCUGCAAAUAUUCAAGGUGUGAAUGCCGACGAGGAUCGGUCCCAAGAUAUGGAAUGCAAAAUGAAAAGCGUCACCGUGUCUGCGUUGCCGUUUUUGAGAGAAAACGACCUGAGCAUCAUGCAUAGUCCUUCGGCCUCCGAGCCCAAGCUUCUGUUCUCGGUCAGAAAUGAUUUCCCGGGAGAAAUAGUCGUCGUGGACGAUCUAGAAAACACUGAACUCCCCUUUUUCGUCCUAGAGAUCACGGGAAACUCUGAGGAUAUUCCUCUGGUGCGAUGGCGGCAACAGUGGCUGGAGAACGGCACGUUGCUCUUUCAUAUCCACCACCAAGAUGGCAGCCAGAACCUCCCCGGCCUCUCCGCCACAGACGACCCUGCCAGCGACUCUGCCGAAGAGGAGCUACGCAUCCUCCACGUCUCUGUCAUGGGAGGCAUGAUCGCUUUGCUCCUCUCCAUCCUCUGCCUGGUCCUCAUCCUCUACACACGCAGGCGGUGGUGCAAACGCCGCCGUGUGCCCCAGCCCCAGAAGAGCGCCAGUGCAGAGGCGGCCAAUGAGAUCCACUACAUCCCUUCGGUAUUGAUGGGGGGCCAGGCCAGGGAGAGCCUGAGAAACUCCAGGGGCCAGGGCCACAAUUCCAGCGGCACGCUCAGUAUCCGAGAGACUCCCAUCCUGGAUGGCUACGAGUAUGACAUCACUGACCUGAGACACCACCUGCAGAGAGAGUGCAUGAACGGAGGAGAGGACUUUGCCAGCCAGGUCACACGCACCCUGGACUCUCUUCAGGGCUGCAAUGACAAGGCCAGCAUGGACCUGACACCUGGGAGUGACAAUACAAAGUUGUCCCUAAUGAGCAAGUACAAGGAAAACAUCAUCGCCACCAGCCCCAUCGGCAGCAAUCACCUGCAGCAGAACACUCUCCUCCUCCACAACACCUCCUCCACUGGCCAACGAAAACAACGUCUGUCCAGCAAAACUCGUGUGGGUUCAACCUUCUUGAACCCAGACGGGGACUCUGGCACGGAGGCCGACAGCGAACCUCAGCUGACCUUUUACACUGACCCCAAUCGCAGCAGGCGCCGCAGCCGAGGUAUGAGAAAUGGUAACGCCAACAGCGCGUGGGGCUCAGGGGCAGGUUCCCCACGAAGCCCCAUCAAUAAGACCACCCUGACUUUGAUCAGCGUUGUCAGCUGUGUGAUCGGCCUGGUGUACUCCUCACACCUCUCCUGUGGCCUCAACGUCAGGGUCAUCCUCCAUGUGCCCGAGCACCUCAUCGCAGACGGGUCCAGGUUCAUUUUGCUGCAGGGCAGUCAACUGGAUGCAUCUGACUGGCUUAACCCAGCCCAGGUGUUACUAUACUACCAGCAGAAUGCCAGCGGGCCUUGGAUCAAUGAGCUGUGUGGCCGCCGCAUUCUGGACCCCUGUGAACACCAGUGUGAUCCAGAGACAGGUGACUGUCUCUGCCUAGAUGGUUACAUGAAGGACCCGGUCCACAAGCAUCUCUGUAUUCGUAACGAGUGGGGUCCAAAUCAAGGACCCUGGCCUUACACUAUUUUCCAGCGUGGUUUUGAUCUGGUGAUGGGAGAACAACCAUCUGAUCGCAUUUUCAGGUUCACAUACACAUUGGGGGAAGGGAUGUGGUUACCAUUAAGUAAAAGCUUUGUCAUUCCACCUGCUGAGCUGGCAAUCAACCCUUCAGCCAAGUGCAAGACUGAUAUGACUGUCAUGGAGGAUGCUGUGGAUGUGAGAGAAGAGCUGAUGAUCUCCUCAUCGUUUGACAGUCUGGAGGUUUUGCUGGACUCGUUUGGCCCGGUGCGCGACUGCUCAAAGGACAACGGUGGUUGUAGCCGAAACUUCCGCUGCGUCUCUGACCGCAAGCUUGACUCCAGUGGAUGCAUGUGCCCUCCUGGACUGAGUCCCAUGAAGGAUGGCACAGGCUGCUACGACCACCACAUUGGCAUCGACUGCUCUGACGGCUUUAACGGAGGCUGUGAACAACUGUGCCUCCAGCAACUCGCCCCCCAGGAGGAUGACCCCACCCUUUACAACAUCCAGAUGUUCUGCGGUUGUAUUGAGGAUUACAAGAAAGGUCAAGAUGGUCGUUCCUGCCAGCCCCUGUCUGAAGCCUGUACCGAGGGACUGGACUGUGGGGAGACAGCUGACAUCCCAGCCAACCAAACAGUUUUUGGGGAUCUCUUCUAUGGCUACAACAACCACACCAAGGAGAUCACCUCUGGGCAGAUCCUCAAAGCUACCUUCAGGCAGAAGAACUUUGCCCGAGGCAUCGAGCAGCAGCUCCCAGAUGGCAUGGUUGUGGCAUCAGUUCCAACCGAGGUGCAAUGCCACGAAGAGCUGUCAGACCCAGUCCCUGACCCAGACUAUCUCACAGGAAUGGUGAACUACAGUGAGGUCUCUGGGUACCCACUCAUCCAGCAAUGGCGGCUGAGGUCCAUCCUGUACCACGUCAAACUGAACCAGUGGGUACUCUCUCAAGCGUUCAGCUCUGCUAUCCACUCCCUGGACGGUGCCACCCUCCGCAGUGAUUUUGUCUCCAUCCUCAGGGAGUUUGGUAAUCACUUUGUACAAGAGGCAGUGUACGGCUUCGAGGAAGCCUGCACUAUCUGGUACCCCAACAAGCAGGUCCAGAGGAAGCUGUGGCUGGAGUACCAGGACAUCAGCAAAGGGAAUUCCCCAUCAGAAGAGUCAGAGGAGCGCGACAAGGAGCCCCGGACCCUGACCUACCCAGCGUACAUCGCCAGCCUGCUGGACUCCGGUGCCAAGCGCAUGGCAGUGGGGGUGCGCAUGGACUGCAGCAGCCAAGGCCAGUGCCCGUACUCCUGCCACCUCUGCCAUAUGAGCCCUGGGCCUGGGCGUCCAGCUGAGCCUGUACUGCUCCAGAUGACUAAGGCCACCCCGCUCUACGAGCUGGUCUCCAACAACGAGACCUACCAGGCACUGCAGGAGGCCAUGAUGAGCAUGCUGUGGUGUUCUGGGAAAGGUGACGUCAUCGAUGACUGGUGCCGUUGCGACUCGAACGCAUUCGGGAUGGACGGCCUGCCAACAUGUGCACCUCUCCCCCAGCCUAGGCUCAGGUUGUCCCACUCCUAUGAGCCCAGCAGUUCAUUGGUCAUCAUGGAAUGGAAUCACACUGAGCCACUAAUUGGGGUGCGGAUUGUUGAUUACCUCAUCAGCCAGGAGAAGGUGACAGAGAGGACAGACCACUCCAAAGUGGAGACAGAGACGAUGUUGAGCUUUGUGGAUGACAUCCUGUCUGGGGCCAAGUCUCCGUGUGUGAUGCUUGGGGAUAUCCCUGACCUCUUGACCUCCUCCGUGAGCAUGAUCAUCCGCUGCCUGGAGCCAGACACAACGUACAUGUUUAGGCUCUGGGCAGUGGACAACACAGGCCGUCGCUCCAGUCCUAGUGAGGUCACCAUCAAGACCCCCUGUCCUGCUGUGGAUGACGUCAAAGCACAAGAGAUUUCAGACAAGAUCUACAACUUGUUCAAUGGUUACACAAGUGGCAAGGAGCAGCAGACGGCCUACAAUGCGCUGAUGGAACUGGGCUCUCCCACCCUGCACCGUGUGCUCUACCACUACAACCAGCGUUACGAGAGCUUCGGAGAGUUCACCUGGAGAUGCGAGGAUGAACUGGGGCCCAGGAAAGCUGGUCUGAUUCUCUCCCAGCUGGACGACCUGAGUGGCUGGUGCAGGGGUCUUCUCCAGGAGUCCAAGAUCGGCUUGCGCAGGAUGUCCCUCAAGUACCUGUCCUGCCGUUACACAGACACCAAGGCCUUUGGUCUCAACUGGGUGGAACUGGGCCAGGAUGUGCGAAAGGCCUGUGACGAACAGAACCUGCUAGUCAUGUACAAUGAUUAUGGGGAGCCCAAAGAGCGUUGAACGUCAUACAGCAAAUAAUGGGUCUUGAGGAUUUGUAAGUGUGUAAUUGUGCUUUUGGGAUUAUCAUCAUGUCUGCUUUUUAAUUAUUGUGUGUUCUAACCCUUAUUUAUUGUUAUAGGAACCUGAUUUCAAGGUAGGGUGGGUUUGAGAGGUAAGGAGGGUUUAUUUAAAAUAUUAUUAGAGCAAGAUAUAACAAUAAUGCACAUGUACAGUAACAAAGUGUAUAUGUACCUUUCUCAAUGCUUAUUUGCAUUUAGACAGCACUUUUCAUGACUUUUUGGACGUUUUGGAAGUUUGGAAGUUGCACCAACAAUCCUGAACCCCAAAAAUGUAUAUAUUAGGAUUAUAAAGAUUGAGUUAUUUACUGUAACAUGUUGAAUGUAGUAUUGAAGUAUAAAUUCAUAUUUAAGCUGUUGUCUUUUGUAUUUAGACAGUCCGCAUAUACAGUAGUGGUCAUUUCAGAAGGUUGGGAGGUCAUGUACAGUGUGGCUCUAAAUGUUAAAAGUUAAAGUUGCCAAACCCAAAUGCCAGUAUUUGCUACAUCAAUGAAUUCCUAAUCAUUCUGAAAUCAACAAAUGGCCAUCUUUGAAUCAGCAUUUCUAUUACAAAAUGAAAGAUAACAGCAAAUCAAUGUUUUAUAUUGUUUAUCCGUAGUAUGUUUAGAAAUGUAAAUUUGUAUGUGUCUUAGGAAUAUACAUGAUGUGAUCCUGUAAAAACACUAAUACCUUUGAUACCUGUGUUUUACUACAAUACGCAAUUAAUAUAAACCAAAUGCCGACUGUUUUUUUUUUUUUUUUUAACAAUUACGCUCCUCACACACGUUGAUAAUGCAAUAGUUAUCCCCAUAACAUGGAGUUGAAAACAAAUGCUUGCAGAUAGUUUCAUAGGUUCACCAAUGCAUCAAAUGACAGCACUAGCUUCUGUAAAUAUUGUACUACAAAUGAUUUCUAUUAUAAUAUUAAUAACAAUGGGCCUCAGCUGUAAGGAUGUCUUUUAUUAUGAGAAAACCAUUGGUUGACAUUGAUAAGGAUGCUUUUUUUUUCAAUUUGCACAUGAGAGGUGUGAGUAUUCCUUAUGUAUACAUGUUUUGUGUAUGUUUGCAUUAUUUUUGUUCUGAGACUGUUUCCCAAAAUAAUGGAGAGGUUUGUUUUAUCAAUACAAUGAAGUGGAUUACAAAAAUGGACAGAUUAUAAGGCUUAACAAAUGUUAUUAUCCAUCAGAAGUGCAUCAGAAUUGUUACCAUACACAUCAUAAAGCUAAUGGAACUAAAGCUGAUGAAAACUAACAAAAAUCAGCAUGUUAUACUAUUAUGUCUUUGUGGCUAAUCUAAUGUUCUCUUUUUCCCUUUGAUCUUUGCUAUUUCAAAGAAUAAUAAAUAAUAUAUUAUGAAAUGUUGGAACGUUGGAUGUUCCAAAAAAAAGUUUCCUGAUCAGUCACCAUGUCUGAGUCUAGUUCAUUUUCAGUCGGUUAACUCAAGUCAAUGUCACACUGAUUGGAAUGUUUCUUAGGGAUUGUAGAGCCUCAAACACAAUGGUUUAAACCAAAUAAUACCAAAAGACAUGUUAAGUCUCGGCUCAGCUUCACACUUAUACACUGAGUGCACAAAACACAAAACAGCACCUUCUUAAUAUUGCAUUUCACCCCUUUUUGCCCUCAGAACAGCCUCAAUUUGCCAGGGCAUGAACUCUACAGAUGUGGGGGGUAAUAGUGAUUUACGGGGCAAUAGUCAUUUAGACAGGUUACCUUGGCGUUCUUGGGCACAGGGACUAUGGUGGUCUGCUUGAAACAUGUAGGUAUUAUAGACUGAGUCAGAGAGAGGUUGAAAAUGUCAGUGAAGACACCCGCCAGCUGGGCAGCGCAUGCUCUGAGUACGCAUCCUAGUAAUCUGUCUGGCCCCGCAGCCUUGUGAAUGUUAACCUGUUUAAUGCUCACUUCGAGGCAAGCAACACUGAACCAUGCAUGAGAGAACCAGCUGUUCCAGACGACUGUGUGAUCUCGCCCUCAGUAGCCUAUGUGAGUAAGACCUUUAGGUUAAUAUUCGCAAGGCCACGUGGCCAGACGGAAUACCAGGACGUGUAUUUAUAACAUGCACUGACUUUCUUAUGUGGCGCUGACGGGUAUGGUAGCUCUGCUUCUAUCUCCUAAGCAACUUUACAGUAUUUAGAUUUUUGGCUGGAGUGUUUACAGACAUAUUCAAUCUCCCUAUCCUCCCUUUUUAUACCGCUAUCAUCCAGAAGGUGAGGUCAGUGCAGGUGCAUCAAAGCUGGGACCGAGAGACUGAAAAAAAUACAGAAUACACACAAAAGACAAAGUGUCACAAGUUAAAGAUACAAUUGAAGAUUAGAAACAACUCCAGUUAUCACAAACAGUGUUGUCGAUCAGAGUCUUAAAAACAGGCAAAGACACUGAAUCCCCUAACUUUAAAAUCUUCUGAAGCAUGUUCCAGGAUGAAGGGGCAUUAUGGGAAAAAUAUGUUUUUCCCAUCUCAGUUCUAGCCUUAGUAACAGACAUGGACAGCAGCGACUGUGAACAAAGACUAUAUUGAGUGACUGAGCAGAGAUAUGAAGGGAGUUGUCCCAUCAAUGCUUUGUACACAAAUGUGUACCAGUGCUUUAGCUUCCUGGUGGAGAGAGAGGUCCAUUGCACCAUAGCAUACAAAUCACAGAGAUGGGUAAGUGAUCAAGCAUUUGUAAUAAAUCUUAAAGCACAAUGUGUCCAGAGUUUUCAAGGUACUUGCUGAGGCCUGCAAAUAGACACUAUCACCAUAAUCCAGCACAGAUUUUUUUAAAGUGCUUUGAACAAUAUAUUUUCUGACUAACAUUGAAAAGCAUGAUUUGUUCCUGAAAUAAAAACCCCAUUUCAACUUCAGUUUCUUGGUCAAGGUAUGUUUAAAAUUAAACUUUUCAUCUAACCAAAUCCCAAAAUACUUAUAGGAGGGGACCCAAUCAAUUUUCUGGCCUGUUAUAGUUCAAAUCUGCAAGUGACUCCAUCUGUUAAUUUGCAGGGAAGAGAAAACCAUAAACUUUGUUUUACUUUCAUUAGGCACAAGUUUCAAUUGGAAAAUUUGCCUUCGAAUAACAUCAAAGGCCAACUGUAAGUCCUGAAAAGCCUUCCGAAUAUUAGAUGCUGUAGAAUAAAUAAUUCUGUCAUCAGCAUGUAGAUGGAGAUUUGCAGAGUCAACAGUCUUGCCUUUAUCAUUUACUGUAUAUACAGUGUAAAAAGGAUCGGAUGUAAAAUUUAGCCCUGGGGAACUCCUUUUGUAAGCCUUCGAAACUCAGAUGUCAUAUCCUCCUGAGCUACACACUGUGUUCUGUCAGAAAGGUAGUUUUGGAACCAAUCCAAUGCAUCAACACUUAAACCCACCUUUUUUAGUCCAUACAACAGCAGGGCAUUGUCAACAGUGUCGAGGGCCUUCGAUAAGUCAAUGAAAGUUAAACACAGGGAUUUGUCAUGUCCUGAGCAUCUAGAAUAUCACCUACAACCUUACAGCAGUAAUUGUACUAUGCUUGGCUCUAAAACCCGACUGGAAUUGAGAUAAAACUGAGUUAUUAUAAAGAAAGUCUUUGAACUGUUGGUUCACCAGCUUUUCCAAAACUUUUGUCAUCACUAGCCGGCUUCCACCCGGUUACGCAACUCUGCAACUUAGAGGCUGCUGCCCUAUAUACAUAGACUUGUAAUCACUGGCCAAUUUAAUAAUGGAACACUAGUCACUCUAAUCAUGUUUACGUACUGCUUUACUCAUCUCAUAUGUAUAUACUGUUUUUUAUUAUAGUGAAUUUUUGUCAAUGCCACACCGACAUUGCUCGAUCUAAUAUUUAUAUAUUUCCUUUUACUUUUAGAUUUGUGUGUAUUGUUGUGAAUUGUUAGAUACUACUGCAAUGUUGGAGCUAGGAACACAAGCAUUUUGCAACGCCCGCAAUAACAUCUGCUAAAUAUGUGUAUG